AAAAACGAAGACCAGAAAAGAAACAGAGUGAUUGAAGAAGAAGAUGAUAAUAUUGAUGAUGGAGAAUUGAGGUUGGAGUUGGAGUGAGUAACCCAGCACAGCAAUGGCAUUGAGACUGAGACUCAAAGUGUCUUCAAUUGGGUCACCUUUUCUGCAGUUAGGUUCUUCUGCAAGUGCAGCAUGCUCUGUUUCCAAACUUGGUUUUCAUCCACCACGCUUGCAACUCAACAAAAAUUCACACCCAAUAAGGCUUUUUGUUCGGGCUGCUAGAAUUGAGUCCAAAGGUGUUACCUUGGGUUUCAGGACCCCACAAUUUCAGCUUCCGGAGCCCCUUACCGGGACGACCUGGACAUUGGAUGAUUUUGAAGCUUAUCCAGCUCUACUGGUUAUGUUUAUAUGCAAUCACUGUCCAUUUGUUAAGCACCUGAAAAAAGACAUUGUAAAGCUUACAAAGUUCUAUAUGGAGAAAGGACUUGCCGUCAUUGCCAUAUCUUCAAAUUCCGUAGCCACACACCCCCAGGAUGGUCCAGAAUUCAUGGCAGAAGAUGCUAAACUGUUUGGUUAUCCUUUCCCAUACCUAUAUGAUGAGUCACAGGAUGUUGCACAACAUUUUGGAGCAGUUUGUACACCAGAAUUUUACCUUUUCAAAAAGGAUGGUCGAAGGCCGUUUGAGCUGGUUUAUCAUGGUCAAUUUGAUGAUUCACGCCCAAGUAAUAAUGUACCGGUCACUGGAAGAGACUUGAGCUUGGCAAUAGAUCGUGUUCUUAGUGGCCAACCUGUACCAUCAGAGCAAAAACCUAGUGUUGGAUGCAGCAUAAAGUGGCACCCAGGGAAGAAGUUUUGAUUGAUAAACUGUAAUUAUUUUGUUCAUUAAAAGUUUCUUUUUCAGGUUUGCUAUGCUUUAUGUAAUGUCACUAACCAUAUUAGACUGUUACACCUUAUUUUCUUUCCAUUCAGUGUGACUUGUAAGGAAAUGGUGUCAUUUGUGGUUCUUAUAGUUACUGUGUAUUUCACAUAAGUAAUAAGUUGCAUACUAUAGUGCGCGCUAAUGAAUACAUUUUAAUUGUAAUAACAAGGGAAUUUGUUUUGCAA